AUGACGUUACUAAGUACAAUCACGCGAUGUGUUUGUAGAACUACGAUGUUUUUAGUACAGCAGCAGAGAAGCAGUGUUUGUAUGAUCACACCUAAAAAGCCACCGGAUGUAGGAACACCGAAACAAGUUCGUACUGUAACUGAGAAAAGUCUACAAACUGCGUUCACAGAAGAGGAAAACGAUACGAAUCGAGAAAUUAUGCAAAAUUUUGAAGAAAAGUGGCAGAUGACUGAUUUGAAGGAGAAAGAGGGAACAUUAUUCUCACAGUCUGAUAUGGAAAAUAUCAAGAAAAUGAAAGCAGAAACUGGACAGGCAACGUAUAGAAAAAUUGACUAUACGGAAGGAGAACUCGAUAACUCUGUCCUAACUGAACCACCAUCUCCAUCGAAUCCACAUCCGUUUGAUGCAUCCGACCUUCCUCCUGUACACUCUCAUUCUCUCGUCCCAUUUGUAAACCAUUCUACUCUUCUACGGUUUCUAGUUGACAUUGGGGUGGAUCUAGCUGAAGUCGAGAAUACGACUUCAAUCGGAAGACACCUUCUACGAUUACAAAUGAAAGAUGUUCGACAGAAAAUCGAAUUGAUGCAGAAUGAAAUCGGCUUUGAAAACGAAGAAAUUGGAGCAUAUCUGACGAGAAACCCAUUUUUCCUGCUUCAAUCUGUUAAUGAUAUGCAAACGAGGCUCAAUUAUCUGGAGAUGAAAAAAUUCACGAAAGCUGAAAGACGGAAAAUUGUGAAUGAGUAUCGAUAUUGGCUGAAUUGUAGUGUUAAGUUGAUCGAUUCACGUCUCGGAUGGUUGCAACAACAAUUCAAGCUGUCUGCAAAAGUGACAAGGGAGAUAAUUGUCAAAGAGCCCCGAAUUAUAAUGUUUGGAACUGGACCAUUAGAGAGGCUUGUUAAGAUGUUUACGAAGGAAUUGAAUUUCGACAUGAAUCAAAUGAAAACUCUUGUUCAAAAGGAUCCAAGGCUUUUUAUGAUGGAUUCCAAACUGAUUUCAAGAACAUAUAAAUACGUUCGAGAUGUUAUGAGAGUUAAUAACGAAACUAUUCUGGAGCACCCAUUCAUACUACGAUGCUCCCCCAGCGUCAUCAAAUCUCGUCAUGACUUUUUGAAUCGACUCGGACGUGCUCAAUACCAACUCGCAGAAAAAAGCGAAUCCAAAAAGGAUGCUUCUGAAGUUUACACUCCAGAAGACUCGGCGCACUCGGACCUCGUCAGUCUUGAACACUUCCUCUACCCAUCAGACGCUGGAUUCGCCAUGUUAGCUGCUAAAACUUUUCCCGUGGCUUAUGACAAAUUUUUGAGAAAUUCCUAA